UGCCUGCCCACCGUGCUGCACUGCCCUGUCAGCGUUCCCCUGAUGUCAGAGAGCUGUGGAUGCUGCCAGCUGUGCACUCAGCAGGAGGGUGAGGCCUGCACCAACCAGCUGCCCUGUGACACACGCCGAGGGCUGCGGUGCGACUACAGCGCCAGCUUCCCUGGAGGGCCAGGACAGUGUGUCGGUCAGAGCGAAUUGCGCUGUGAGAUGAAUGGCAGGAGGCUGGAGGAUGGACAGGUAUUUCAGCCUUCCUGUUCCCAGCUCUGCCACUGCAUUGGAGGGGGGGUGACCUGUAUACCCCUGUGCAGUGAAGAUCUACACAGGCCCACUGAUAAGUGUCCCAACCCUCAGCUGGUGCGACUACCAGGUCGCUGCUGCAAAGAGUGGGUGUGUGCUGGCGUGGACAACAGUAUUUCCUCACAUUCAUCAGCAGCCGAGCAGGAGCACCAGGACUACAGAGGUGGGCCAUCCGGACUGAUGUUUGGCCCGAGCUCCAACUGUAUCAAGUGGACUUCAGACUGGAGCCCCUGCUCCUACAGCUGUGGCCCAGGUGUCUCCACCCGCACCACCAACAGGAACUGGGCUUGUCGCCUUCAGACUGAGACCAGACUGUGCCAGGUCAGACCAUGCUACACUCUGCUGCCUGGGAUUCAAAUGCUGCAGCCGGGGUUGGGGGUGUGUGAGAGCAGCUACAGUUCACCAAUCUCUGUUCAGCUUGAGCACCAAGGCUGCUGGAGCACCAGAGCCUACCGUAUCAGGUUCUGUGCCUUGACCUGUCCGGUGGGACACUGCUGUAGCCCCUCCCACACCAGGACUGUACAGAUGGUUUUCCGUUGCCCCCAGGGCAGGCUCAUCCAGCAGCAGGUGAUGAUGAUUGAGUCCUGUUUCUGCAGCACCUCCACCUGCCGCCAGUCCCCAUCCACAGCUACCUAGAGCAUCCUGCCCUGGUUGUGAGGUGCAUCCAGCUAUAAGAAGGCAGGUC